GGGUAGCGAGUGCGUUGAAGUCGACGGUGGGUGAGGCAUCAACGAGGCGGGUGAAGUCAUGUUGGGGGUUUGUUGGGAGGAGGGCAUUUGGGGGAUGUUGGGGGAGGGUGGGGUGUGACAUGGCGGUGACCUGGGAGUGAGUGGCCAUCUGGAGGGAGGUGACGAUGGAUGAGGUAGAGAUGGGUUGUGAGAGGGGAGGUGUGGGUAAGGAUUGGGUGUCGAGGGCAAGGUGCGGCAAUUGGGCAAUCAGAGGGGUGGAGGAGGGAGGAGGUGGGUGGGACACGCCGGUGGUGGCCAUUGGCAUGGGGGUGGUAGAGAUUGGGGUGGCGGAUGGACCAGCGGUGGAAGUGGAGAUAGAAGCGGUGGAGGAGGGAGUGGCGGAUGGACCCGUGGUGGAAGUGGAGGUAGAAGAGGUGGAGGUGGGAGUGGGAGUGAGGAGAGGAGGACGUGGGGGCAGACUAGAACCCAAUGUGGAAGUGGGAAUCGUGGUAGUGACCACUUGGAUGGAAGGGGUCGAUGUUUGUGCCAUGUCAUCUAUCCGGCUGGAGAGGCCGGAGAUGGAGGUGGCGAAGGAGGAUUGGAGGGCACAAAUGGUGUCUUGCAUGGAUUGCAUCAUGGUGAGUAGGGAGAUGUUGGUGGGGGUGGCUUCAGGUGCGGGUUGUUCUGCUGUGAAGUCACAAAGCAGGCUGUCUACGGAUGCGGUGUCAAUGACGCUCAUGUUGAUGGUUGAGGAACCGUCCGCCAUUGUGGAGGGAGAGGUCGGGGCGAGGAAGUAGAUGUAGUGGUGGAGGCGGCGGCUGCAGCGGCGUUCUCAGCGGCCCAGGCGACGGCUCGCAGAGAAGUCUUGGUACGGCGGGGAAUGGAAGAGAAGAAGAUGUGUGAAUUUUGCCGGUUUUUUUGGUAUUAAUUGAAUUUUUAAUGCAUUUUUAAAGGAAAAUUUCGAAAAAUUAUGGGGGAAUUAAUUGAAAUCGGAUUUUGGAAUUUCCGAAAUAAAUUAAUUAAAAAAAAUGAAAUCUUUAUUUAAUUUGAAUGACAUUGUUGUUAUUUUUAGUGAAUUUAAACUAAUUUAAAAUUAAAUGAAUUAAAAAUAUUUAAUAUAGUUUAAAACGAAUUUAAUUAAUUUAAACGAGUUUAAUUAAUUUCUCAUGGAUUUAAAACGAAUGUAAUUAAUUUCCAUGAGUUUAGUUAAUUUUAAAUGGAUUUAAAACAAAUUUAAUUAACUUCA